GGGAGGCAGACACCCAACUUGUCACCACCAUCCUCUCCUCCUCCUCCUCCUCUAUCCAGUGAGCUCGAGUCGGCACUGCACUCUCUCUGCCAGCUCCGGAUCGAUCUCGGCUUCUUGAUCGAUCCAUCGUUUGUUGUCUGGCCUAGCACACUCGGGUUCUUGGUCCAGUCGAUCAUGGUGCAGCCGGUGUUCGACGCGGCGGUGCUGAGCGGCCGGGCGGACAUCCCGUCGCAGUUCAUCUGGCCCGAGGGCGACAGCCCGACGCCGGACGCCGCCGAGGAGCUGCACGUCCCGCUCAUCGACAUCGGCGGCAUGCUCUCCGGCGACCCCGCCGCGGCCGCCGAGGUGACGCGCCUCGUGGGCGAGGCCUGCGAGCGGCACGGCUUCUUCCAGGUCGUGAACCACGGCAUCGACGCCGAGCUGCUGGCCGACGCGCACCGCUGCGUGGACAACUUCUUCACGAUGCCCCUCCCGGAGAAGCAGCGCGCGCUGCGCCACCCCGGCGAGUCGUGCGGCUACGCCAGCAGCUUCACCGGCCGGUUCGCGUCCAAGCUGCCGUGGAAGGAGACCCUGUCCUUCCGCUCCUGCCCCUCCGACCCCGCCCUCGUCGUCGACUACAUCGUCGCCACCCUCGGCGAGGACCACCGCCGCCUCGGGGAGGUGUACGCUCGGUACUGCUCGGAGAUGAGCCGUCUGUCGCUGGAGAUCAUGGAGGUGCUCGGGGAGAGCCUGGGCGUCGGCCGCGCCCACUACCGGCGCUUCUUCGAGGGCAACGACUCCAUCAUGCGCCUCAACUACUACCCGCCGUGCCAGCGGCCGUUGGAGACGCUGGGCACGGGCCCGCAUUGCGACCCGACGUCCCUGACCAUCCUCCACCAGGACAACGUCGGCGGCCUGCAGGUGCACACGGAGGGCCGGUGGCGCUCCAUCCGACCCCGCGCCGACGCCUUCGUGGUCAACAUCGGCGACACCUUCAUGGCGCUGUCUAACGGACGGUACAAGAGCUGCCUCCACAGAGCGGUGGUGAACAGCCGGGUCCCGAGGAAGUCGCUGGCCUUCUUCCUGUGCCCGGAGAUGGACAAGGUGGUGGCGCCGCCGGGGACGCUGGUGGACGCCGCCAACCCGCGCGCCUACCCGGACUUCACGUGGCGGUCGCUGCUGGACUUCACGCAGAAGCACUACCGGGCCGACAUGAAGACCCUCGAGGUCUUCUCCUCCUGGAUCGUCCAGCAGCAGCAGCCCCAGCCCGCCAGGACAUGAUGGAUUGCUCUGCUCCUCCCACCAUUAGCCAGCCAUUGAUUCAGCUUAGCUGCUGAGACUGAGAAAAGAGAGACAUCGUCAUCCGUCGAUCGAAUGUUAUUAUUACAGCUUAAUUGGUUGAUCUAGUGGUAGCACGUACGUACGAAGAAGCAUGGAUGGAUGGCAGGAUUUCCUAGAUGAUAAUUUCCUAAAACCGAGUCGUCGUCGUCGUCGUCUUUGCAGCCUUUGCCGCUCACUGCCAUGAGCCAUGAGCCAUGAGCCGAGCUCAUGAGCUCAUGAAGGGUUUGUCGUGGGGUGGUGCAUCUGUUUCUGUUUUGUCGUAUCA